CUCCCGAGUCCCUUUAAUAAUCAGUUAGCAGCCUGGCUGCCUGCCUGUGUCUGUUCGACCUGUUGUUGCCAAUAACCUUCCUCAACCGCGAUAUCGUGUUUGCAAUUUAUUCCUCCUGCCAGACCAUGCAGACUACCUCCUGUGAGAAAAGUAUAGACCACUUGUUGGUGUGUUCAUUAUCUUAGAAAAACAGUGUUUUGGUUUGAGGUAACGCAGUUGAUCACUCCUUGAACGGGUCUGUUUUACCAGAAGAUAAACACCACCCUCCAUUUGUCUAUUAACAUUCGGCCAACUGCAACAUCUGGCACAUCUGGCAUUCAAGAAGGUACGCGCGGCCAAUAUAAAGGCACUGUUUUCAACAAAGGCUGAGUUUUUCAUGAGGUAGAGGCAAGUGCUGAGUCAUGGCGAGUGUUACAACACGCACUGUGCUGAUAACGGGAGCUAACAGAGGCCUGGGCUUGGAAAUGGUUAAACAAAUGGUUGAAGGUCCCUCGCCCUUGCCAUAUUUGUUUGCCUGUUGCAGAGAACCGGAUGGACCCAGAGGAAAGGAAUUGCAAGCACUGGCCAAGAGCCACCCUGAUGCGAUCACCGUCAUUCAACUAGAUGUCGCCGACCUCUGCAGCAUAAAAAAGUGUGCGGAGAGGGUAGGCUCCCUGGUGGGGCCAGGGGGCCUCAACCUGUUGAUCAACAAUGCAGCGGUUCUUUUCCAUGGCACUUUUCAGAGCACCAGUCCAGAGGACAUGCUAACUACCUUCAACACCAACGUCGUUGGCCCAAUGAGCCUCACUAAAGUGAGGGAAGGAGGGAGGAAGUUCUUACGGCUGUAUUUCUACAUAGUGAUGGAGCUCCUCCCUCACCUACGAGCAGCAGCUUUGGCCAGCAGGACACCAGGGAUGUCUUGCAGUAAAGCAGUCGUGGUCAACCUCUCUAGCAUGGCUGGAAGCAUGACCGGUACUCCUGAAAGCUACAGCAGGUUCCCUGUGAUGUCAUACCGCAUCAGCAAGGCGGCUUUGAACAUGCUGACCAUCUGCUCUGCCUUAGAGUUCCAGAAGGAUAAUAUCUUGUCUGUUCUCCUGCACCCUGGCUGGGUGAGAACCGACAUGGGCGGAAAAGAGGCGGACAUUGACAAGCUAGAAAGUGUAGGAGGCCUGCUAAGCGUGAUCGAUUCCCUGACAGAGAAGCACAAUGGAGCCAUCCUGGACUAUAAGGGUGUGUCAUUGCCAUGGUAGUCCUACAUAUAUAGCUCCAUUGUUGGAUGCUGAGUGUAUAUUCCAUGUUAUUAUUAUCUUUUACAAUACUUAAAACUUUAUAAUCACAUGUGUAAUACCAAUUUAUACAACUAUAACAUGAGUCUAAUGCUCAUGUCAUCAUUGGCUAUUGGCUAUAAGCAUUGUUUUAUAAUAACAUCUGAAUAAACUUUUAAACUUAAAA